AUCCCACAAUGCACCGCUGCGCAGCUGCAGAUGGAAUGUAGCUCGCUAGCCUCUCAUGCUAGCCGCAGCAUCGCAGUAAAGUUUGACAAACACACCACGAGCGGCUCGAACCCGCCGCCAGCGCUGCACUGACGACACAUGCGCCAGGUGACGGAGAGGAAGUGCUGUGAACGCAACUGCUGAUAGGAAUCCUUAUGUUGGUCCUGUCUCUUCCUGUAGCUUCAGCUCAACUGCUUAGCAUUCAGCGAUGAACAUUGAUGACAAGCUGGAGGGGAUGCUUAUGAAAUGUAGCCCUGUGGGGCUUCACCACUCAUCCAGAGGUCUGGGACCCUCGAGGGUGGACGGAAGAGGAAGAAGAGGCAGUUUGGAUAUGACACUUGGGGAACGGAGCUUGGCUAAUCAUCCCCUUUUGGCAGAGGAUGAUGACGAUGAUGAAGAUGAUGAUGAAGACCUGGCAGGUGGAGGCAUGACCUCGCAUGAUCUGAUAUCCCAGGAUGACCUGAUGGUUCACGAGGAGACGGUGAAAAAUGAUGGACAGGAUGAAGCAGCUUUCUCACAGCGAAUCUCCCAUAAACUACACUAUACACUCAAUAUGCCAGUAAAUAUAAAGCAGGAGAUGAAAGUGCCAGACUCAUUGAUUCUCAAUAAAAAGGAGAAGAAACCGGGGUGGGACCCAUCUGACUGUCACAAAAAGAAGAAGAGAAAGCAGCGCUCGCCUGCAAAGAUUCUCACUAUUAAUGAAGACGGCUCCCUUGGGCAUCAGAACCCAAAAUCUCAUGUCUGUGAGCACUGCAAUGCUGCUUUUCGGACAAACUAUCAUUUACAAAGACAUGUCUUCAUUCACACAGGUGAAAAGCCUUUUCAGUGCAAUCAGUGUGACAUGCGCUUUAUUCAGAAGUACCUGCUUCAGAGACAUGAGAAGAUCCACACAGGAGAAAAACCUUUUCGCUGUGAUGAGUGUGGAAUGAAAUUUAUUCAGAAAUACCACAUGGAGAGACAUAAGAGGACACACAGCGGGGAAAAGCCUUACCAGUGUGACUAUUGCCAUCAGUUUUUUUCCAGAACUGACAGAGUACUAAAGCACAGACGAAUGUGCCAUGAGAUGGAGAAGCAGUUCACCUCCCCAUCCCGGUUCAGACCGAGCAUGAACUCGCCAUUGAGAUCCACUUUGGAGAAGCCUAAUUUUAGCCUUUUAGUAGAUUCCCAACACUCCUUCUCCUUUUCAGGUGACGAGACAAACCCUUCCUCAGUUUCGCCAACGGAGGACUUCCUCGACCAAGUGACCUCUCCCAAAAAAACAGAUGCGCAAAGCAUUAGUCAAGCAUUUCAGAUUGCUACUUUUGACCAGAACUUUCGAUCUCAAUUCCCAAGCUCACGAUCUGGAAUAUCCUCACAGUUUAGCAUUGCCAGUGGACAAGUUAGCCUGAGAGGUCAUGGAGGAACGGACUUCCCAGAGUUCUCUCUUGUUAGUGAAACAAGAACUCAACUAACUUCAUCUCCAGAUGCUACAAGCAGCCACACCUUUGGCUAAACGGGAGCUUUUAAUGAUUUAAAGCAUUUUAAAGGCACUUUAUAGUUCUGUCAGUGAAGGCAAUAUGAUCUCUGUGCAAAUACUUAUGAUUUUCAAUCUUUAAACAAUCACGCAUGUGCGAGAAUCAAAAGGAGCAGAGUGAUGCACACAUUAGAUUUUAUUAUCGAGCUAUGGGAUACUCUUUAUGUGUCAUUGCAUUAUUUGUGUAUUACACAUAGUGCUUGGGACAACACACUAUGGCUUGCCAAAUUAGCUAGCUUGUGUGUUCUAAAAUGAAGAAUUCAAGCUACUACAACAAUGCUGUUGUAGUCUAAAUUUAUAGGGUCAGCUUCCCCGAAGAAAAAACUAUACAAAGAUCAAUUCUUAUUUGGCCUCUUGUUAGCAUUCAGUUCUUUUGCUGGAACAUCAGGCUCAACGAACUGACCUAAUAAUGUAGGUCUAUAGAAACUACUCUAGCCUAGCAUUACAAUCAGUUUUUGUAUUUAAUUAGUUUUGUAACAUGUUGUCUGGAGAGCUACUGAAAGGACCUUACUUUAAUGCCCUAGACUUGAGUAAGGCACUUUGUGAUUGAUGUACUGCAAGUCACUUUUGUUUAAAAAAAACGAGUAACAUUUUUCUCACCCCUGUCAUUGUAAGCUAAUUUGUGUAUUUAAUCUUUUUGUGCAUUUAAUUACUUGUUGGAAUGUUUUUAUAUAUAUAUUUGUAUUCUCUGCUCCCAUAAAGAAUCUCUCCAAGACACAUUUUGUUUAGAGCAAUCUGCAGGUAUUGUCAUACUGAAUUUGUAUGGACCUAGCCCAUAAUUUUAUAUAAUGAUAUUAUAUAAUCAUGAAAUAUUUUUGCACAUUUCUCCUAAGGUUAUUGGAUCAAAAAAUAGAUAUUCUCAUGCUCCUUCUGUGGGAAUCAGUACAUUUUCGUUAGAGACUGUCUUGCCAAUCAGAUAUAGGUGCACAUGGGUAGCAAGGCAUCUGUAGAGGGUUUGUUUUCUCACAUCCCACAUUUGGAGAUGCAGUUUUAGCAGUUGUCCAGGGCAACAGCACUAACAGGUAUGCACUUCUUCAUUUGUCAUCAUUGUGCCUGACUCAGUUGUUAGUUCAGACUAACAAUAGUCAAAAUACAAUACUUUGUUAAAAAAUGUGCACAUUUCAUCACUUUGGUUUCCUUAAGAUGACUUCAUUUGUUGACAGUCUGUUUUCUUGAGUUUUCAGAUGCACUCAAUAUCUGAUAAACAUUACCCUUUAAAUAGCACUUUCAGCUUGUGGGCAGUUUUUAUUUUUUUUUAAAGCACUUUUCAGUUACCACCUUCCAUCUACAUAAUGUACACAUUCAAAAAUCUGAUAUAAUCUAUAUCAGUGUUGAGUGAAAUCAAGAAAGAUAAUUUAAGAAUGUAUGGUCUGAGAUCAUAUUUUUAUGCUUUUUCUUUGUCUCAAAAACACCCCAUCCAUUAGCAAAUAUGUCUUUGUAUCAGAUUCACUUGCUGUUACUUAUUGGAUUAAUAUAGAACAAAAAAUAAAGUGUAAUGUUUGGUAAAGUUGUACUAAUAUGUAUAUGUACACAUUUGUUAAUUGCGCAUCUCUUAUUGUUAGCUUAAUAACUAAUCACGUAAAUUAUAAGCUUUGCUUCUGUUCUCUCAGAUUGUUUAUGGAAACUUACCUGCUUUCCCCUAAACUGUAUAUUGAUUAAUCUUAGCUUUAUGAUUUAUAGUAAUAGUAUCAUGCCAAACUGUACACUCUUUGUAAAUCAUUUUUAAAACAUUCUUAUGUACGUUGUUUAAUGGUUUUAUAAACAAUUUACACACAAAUUCGCUCUGCUUAUGUUUCGUGAAUGAGGCCCAUUAAGAGCAGUUCUGUGUGUAUGUUUUUUUCAUAGUCCGUAUGUUCUGGGUGUCAAAAGACAUUUUACUGUUUUUGAUUACGGUAUAUUAUAUGUGUGCCUAAACAUUCCUUUACUGUCCCUUUAUUUUUUACAUGUAAAUAGGUUGUAUAUUUUAAGUUGGAGUGUAGAGUGAGUGCAACAUUAUUUAAUAUUUGCUGCCAUUUUGGUUUACUCUUUCCUACAGUCCCUGAUGACUUUCAGCACAACUUUUGUGAUAAAAUCAUGUUUGUGUUCUUGGUUGUAAAAUUACAAAUGUACUGUCCUCUAAGAAUUGCCUCUGAAUGCAAUUUUAAUAAUUACAAUUUGAUUAAACCUUGUAUGGAUCUCAUACACCCUCAGAGGAUGAGUUUUUAGGAUGUUAUUUAUCGUUUCAAUAUCAUGUGAUACCUGCAUUAUGUAAGG